AAAAAUAUUGCUCUGUGAGGCUACAAUUUUAUUGUAGUUACUUUUUAUUACUAACUACAUAAUUACAGCACAAAAAAUAUUAAUACCAAAAAGAGUGCCACAUUUGCUAAAUUCUAUAAUCUGAUGAAUAUUAUGUAAUUUUUGAUUUACUGCAUCUGAUAUAUCUUGUUGUUUUAGAUAUUCAGUUCUAUGUUUCAUCUGCUCGUGUCUGGUGUAGAUAAUAGUGAGUCGGAUCUGAACACACACGUUGUCAAGGUUACGCGCCUGGCCAAAGUUAAGUUUACACUAAGAAUAUAUUUCUUAUGUGGAUUCUGUCAGCUGUAUUAUCUUUGCUACAGACCAGUUGGAAGGGAAACAGAAAAGACAAUUAGUUGUGUUCAGUCCUCACUGGGCUUACACAGUGGCAGUACAGCAGAUGGUGUCACUGAAGCACUUCAUUUGCAUUGACUAAGAGUUUAAGGUUGUGAAAAACAUCAACAAUGUCUUCACCUUGCCCAGCUAUGCUACGAGUUAUACUUGGAGAGCAUGAUAUACAAAAAUUGUUACUUCCAUCUGGGAUUCCAAACACAGUUGAUGAUCUUCUAUCAGUUAUAAAACAAAGUUUUCAGUUGGAUGGACAUUUGAGACUCAUGUACAUGGACACUGAUUUUGGUCAGUUUUUCACCCUGAACUCUGUUGAAGACCUUAAAGACAAAGACUCAAUUAAGGUUGUUCAAGUAGAAGAGCCAUCUGUCAUUCUGACAUUGUCACCUGUUUCAACAGAUUUUGAACAGUUUUCUACAGAUACCCAAGCCUCAGACAGUUCCAGGGACACAGUGAUGUUGCCACCAUGUCAGGGUCGCUUAGAAAAGUGGCCAGACAGAUUUGAAGUUCCCCAGUUUACUUUUGAUGUAGAAAGAAUUCUUCAAGCUGGAAAUCACGCAUUUUUUGAAGAUGGUACUCUCCUUCAUAAUCAAGGUGUUAAAUCUGACAUCAUGCAAAAGCUUGCUGAAUCUAUAUUUAAAUACACAGCAUAUCCCACAAAUCUCCAGAUUCUGUCAGUUGUAGAGGCUUUGAUAGAGAAGUUCCCAUGCCUGAAGGAACCAGGAAGUUUUUCGGGAAUGUAUGGCUGGCAACAAAGUCUUAAGUACAAAAUGGGUAACUUUCGUUCCAAGUUAAGAAACCAGAAGCUAGACUUCCCAGAGCUUGAAGUAAACUCCCUCAAAACAAAGCAGCCAAAUGAUAGAGUUCCUAGCAAAAAUGUCAAGAAACCAAAAAAGGCUGAACUAAACUAUCUUCCUCCACACCCACAUGGGGAAUCCUUUGAGAGUUUAGAAAAUGAGCAGAAAGCACUGCUGGAUGAAGUCAAAAAGAAGAACAAUCAGAGAGUCAUCGUGGAGAAAAUGUCUAAAACAUUCUCAUACAGGAGACAUGAAGUUGUCAACCUCACUCCACCAAUUAAAGAUUUACAGCAGAGGUGGCCUGCUUUAUUCACUGAAGCUCAGAUAAAGCAGGAAUUCAGAAUAAUUACUGCUGUUGCCCUUGAAGAAACAUUUAUGUCCAAACUAGACGGUUACACGCCAAAACUUUUGGAGCUUACGAACGCUAAGGGAGGUGUUGCCCGGCUCAAGAUGAAGCCUGUACUUGAUGUAUUGCUUCAGGAUGACAGGAUCGAGACGAGACGAGAUGCAGUAAUCCGCAGUCUAAUUGUGUAUCUCGGAGAAGUGGCAGAUAACCUAUUCAAAGACAGCAAAGAUGGCAAUCAAGAAGACUUCAGUAAUGAUGUCAUGAGAAUUCUUGUCCAUGGAAAUGGAGAUGAAGAGCCAGACGUGUCCAUUGUUCUAGAAGGAAACAAGGUCCUAACAAAAUGUGAAAAUACUGCCAAAGCUUGUGCUCUUCUGAUGGGACUGAUUUAUGCCUUAAAUCUACAGUAUCCAUCAAGUCUGAAAUACACUUUCGAGGUUUUUCAGAAACUCAUUCUGGAUCUUGAUGGACUUAAGCUUUCUCAUAAAGUACGGUCUUUGAAAACCAAGCUGCACACUUGAAAUAUUUUUGUUCUCAGAAAACUCAUAGGCCAUAAUCUGUCUUGUUUACCCAAGUUUGUUUAAACAUUGUAACAUUGUGUGAAAAUAUAUACCCUGAAACAUGCUGAAUGAUUGUUGCUUAUACCAUUUACAUUUGUACUGGUUUCUUGUACAUUUUAUAUUUAUUAGAACAGUUUUUCAAUUUUGAAAAAGAGCACUUGGCCAUGGACUUGCUGCAUUUACUUGAAAGACAGGAUUUAUUUGUAAAAGCAGUCUGUUAAUAUUUGGUCUAAUACUUACUCAAAUUAA